AUGAUGGUGUUGUGGGUUACACUGCUCAUUCUUCAUCAAGGAUAUGCUGUAAUUCCAGUGAUGCCAGUUCAACUUGGUGGAUCUGCAAGUUUCACAUGUGAUCUGCCGGGCACUAAAAUGAGCCGUAGAGAAGUCUACUGGUACAAGCAGAGUCAAGGGGAUACUCUAAAGCUGAUUGUAAAAGUGACUCGAUUGCAACAGAAACCAUCCACUUCUAAGUUUGCACCAGAGUUUUCUGACUCAGGAAUUAAAGUUCAAGAUGAAACAACUUUUAUCAGGCUGACCAUCCCGAGGACAACCCAAGAAGAUGAAGGAAUCUAUCACUGUGCGAUCAUGGAUUGGGCCUCAGAUAUUAGAUGGAGUGGGACGUAUUUGAUGGUCAAAGGAAACACGGCAAAGACAUUAAACUACAGAGUUGUCCAGCAGCUGACUGCAUCAGAUCCAGGGAACCCUGAGACUCUGCAAUGUUCAGUUCUCUCUGACUCUGAUGAUUGGACGUGUCCAGAAGAUCUCAAAUUGUUGUGGUUCAGAUCUGGAUCAGAUAAUUCUCAUCCACAGAUCAUCUACACUGAUGGAAAUAGACCUGAUGACUGUGAAAAGAGAUCUGAUGCUCAGAGGAGCUGUAAUUAUAAUUUUUCAAGGAAAGUCACCUCCUCAGAUGAUGGGAUGUACUACUGUGCUGUUGCCACAUGUGGAAAGAUAGUAUUUGGAAAUGGAACCGUACUGGGAAAAGAACAAAGAAAAGGCUCUGAGUAUUUUUUCCUUGUGAUAACAGGAAGCUGUUUGGUCAUUUCUAUUAUUAUAAAUAUUGUUUUUAUCUGUUAUCGAACUCCAAGACCAGCAUGUGAACAGUUUGAAGAUAACUAG